AUGACUGUUGCUGAAUUGAAGGAUAUUCUUGAGGAUAUUGAGGAUGAUGUUGAAAUCAAGGUUGCAAUCCAACCUAAUUAUCCUCUUAGGGCUAGGUUGUCGAAUGUCUGUCGGGAACUUGGAAAGGAUUAUGAGAACAAGGCUCUUUGGUUGGCAGUCUCCAACGGAGUCGGCUAUGGAGUUCCAAGUGAGGCACAUCUCGUGGAACUCGAGCAUUUGAAGAAGACGGAGACCCUAGAAUUUCCAGAUUUCUACGACCACGAAAUCAACGCCAUUCGAGAUGCCCUAAACGAGUGUGCAAUGGACGGCACCGACUAA